GUACUCCCGGCUCCGGAGAGGUGGGGUUGCUAUAAACGGGUUGAGGUCACGGAGAAGGGGCGAAAGCGCGACGGGACCUGAGCUGAGAGACGGGAAGCUCAAGCCUCACGUCCCCGCGUCAUCCCGCCUUCUCUUUUUUUCCCUGAGAUCCAGAACCUCCACCCUUCUUCUAGGCUCGCUGGCUCGUGGCCGAGGAGCUCGCGCGCCGCCUCCGCCCCGAACGCAAACAGCUGUUCCCAGAGACGUCGCCGCCCUCAACUUUGCCAACUAGUCCGCACGCACUUUGACCAGCAGAGCAGCCCGGACCUGUAGGCUGGGGGCCGUUGGCGGAGUUAAAAAAAAAAGAGGUGAAACAGCUGGUUUCGGAGCCGAGAGUCGCUUGGCUCGGCCUUGCCUCAGAACUUUCCUGAGGCGGCGGAGCGACCCAGCCCCGCCCCCCGGACGCCCGCGCGCUCGGGUCGGGCGCGUUCCCUGGCUCGCGAGCGCGUGGGCAGCGGCGGUAGCGACUCGGGUGGCGCAGAGGCGGCGGCGGCGGCGGCGGCGGCUGGAGUGGCGGUGGGCGGUGGAGCUGGGGAGCGGCGGCGUUUGCGCUUGUCAGGUCAAGAAGUUCUAGAGAAGAAAAAUUUCAGAAAAAUUGCCUCAAUUUAAGUAAAAUCCCAGUGAACGAAGAAAAUUUGAAGCACCUUCCUUAAAGAAAACCUGGUAUACAGUAACUUCACACACUUAGCUUGGGUUAUUUACACAAAUUGGUCACUGGACUCUGCUGCCUGGUACUUGAACCUGUUUGGAAUUUUUCUCAUGUGGAUCUAAGGGGAAUGCUUUAUUAUGGCUGCUGUUGUCCAACAGAACGACCUAGUAUUUGAAUUUGCUAGUAACGUCAUGGAGGAUGAACAACAGCUUGGCGAUCCAGCUAUUUUUCCUGCCGUCAUUGUGGAACACGUUCCUGGUGCUGAUAUUCUCAAUAGCUAUGCGGGUCUAGCCUGUGUGGAGGAGCCCAAUGACAUGAUCACUGAGAGCUCCUUGGAUGUCGCCGAAGAGGAAAUCAUCGAUGAGGAUGACGACGACAUCACCCUUACAGUUGAAGCUUCCUGUCAUAAUGGGGAUGAAACAAUUGAAACUAUCGAGGCUGCUGAAGCACUCCUCAAUAUGGAUUCUCCUGGCCCUAUGCUGGAUGAAAAGCGCAUCAAUAAUAAUAUAUUUAGUUCAUCUGAAGAUGACAUUGUUGUUGCCCCAAUCACCCAUGUAUCCGUCACAUUAGAUGGGAUUCCUGAAGUGAUGGAAACUCAGCACGUUCAAGAGACAUAUGCACACUCACCAGGACACUCAUCACCAGAACAACCUAAGAGAAAGAAAGGGAGAAAAACUAAACCACCACGACCAGAUUCCCCAGCCACUACACCAAACAUAUCUGUGAGGAAGAAAAACAAAGAUGGGAAGGGAAACACAAUUUAUCUUUGGGAGUUUUUACUGGCACUGCUCCAGGACAAAGCUACUUGUCCUAAAUAUAUCAAGUGGACCCAGCGAGAAAAAGGCAUUUUUAAAUUGGUAGAUUCUAAAGCAGUGUCCCGGUUGUGGGGGAAGCACAAAAACAAGCCUGACAUGAAUUAUGAGACCAUGGGAAGAGCCCUCAGGUACUAUUACCAAAGGGGUAUUCUGGCAAAAGUAGAAGGUCAGCGCUUGGUGUAUCAGUUUAAGGAUAUGCCGAAAGACCUUAUUUAUAUAGAUGAUGAGGAUCCAAGUUCCAGCAUAGAGUCUUCAGAUCCAUCACUGUCUUCAACAACCACUUCGAGUAGGAACCAGGCAAGUCGAUCGAGAGUAUCUUCAGGUCCAGGGAUAAAAGGAGGAGCCACUACAGUUCUAAAACCAGGGAAUUCUAAAGCUGCAAAACCCAAAGAUCCUGUGGAACCUGCACAGCCAUCAGAGGUUCUUAGGACAAUGCAGUCCACACAGACUCCAUAUCCUACCCAGCUCUUCCGGACUAUUCAUGUAGUACAGCCAGUACAAGCUGUUCCAGAAGGAGAAGCAACCAGUAGCAUGCAGGACGAAACAUUAAAUUCUUCCGUUCAGAGUAUUAGGACUAUACAGGCUCCAGCCCAAGUUCCUGUGGUCGUAUCUCCUGGGAAUCAGCAUUUGCACACAGUAACACUUCAGACAGUGCCAAUCACAACAGUUAUAGCCAGCACAGAUCCAUCAUCAGGUGCUGGAUCUCAGAAAUUUAUCUUACAAGCCAUUCCAUCAUCACAGCCCAUGACAGUACUGAAAGAAAAUGUUGUGCUCCAGUCACAGAAGCCGGGCUCUCCUCCUUCCAUUGUCCUGAGUCCUGCCCACGUACAGCAGGUUCUUACCAGCAAUGUUCAGUCCAUUUGCAAUGGAACCGUCAGCGUGGCUUCAUCUCCGUCCUUCAGUGCUACCACACCUGUGGUGACCUUUUCUCCUCGCAAUUCACAACUGGUUACUCACCCACCUGGCACUGUAAUCACUUCAGUUAUCAAAGCUCAAGAAACAAAAACUCAUAUACAGGAAGUAGAGAAAAAGGAGGUUGAAGAUAACUUGAAAGAAGGCACUGGGGAAACUGAGCAGCAGUCACAGCCUUAUGUGAUGGUGGUAUCCAAUGGAUUUACCUCUCAGGUAGCUAUAAAAAACGAACUGCUGGAACCCAACUCUUUCUAAGUAAUAUACCAAAGGAAUUACAGAUGGUGGUUUUUUAAUUGAACAUUUUCAGUUGUAUGCAAACUAUUGAUUGAUUCUAAGGUAAAUUCUCCAAAUGUUCCUAAUUUUAUAGUUACUUGUUAAAAAUAACAACUUAGAGUUAAUUUUGACUUUGUUAGAUGAGGGGAGGAAAACCCAAGUGUUUCCUUUUGUUCUUCAAAUGUUUCAGAAUUCAAUUGUGAAGGAACAGGCGUUUUAUACUAUGAAGACAUUCUUUUGAGAUUUUUUCCAGUGGCUAUAUCAUAAGCAUUUUUAAAGUUUCUUUUUAAGUUUUACAUUGUAUUAGCUUUUCUGAUUCUUCUGUAAAUACAGUACUUAAAUAUGACAU